AUGGGAAGUGGUCAUAGCCGGACAGGCGACUUAAAUGACAAUGCGUCGCAUUGUCUCUGGUGUCAGAUUACGCAAAGUUCCAAUGAUUUCUAUGAACCAACGACCAUUACCGUCACCUAUGACGAGGAGAAAAAAGCAGAUUUCGAUGUGUGUUUCAAAAAUACUCGAAAAGUAAAAUCAAAAUGUAGAGAAAUAUCAAAAGAGUCUUUGGCAUCAAUGAAUUUAUUAAACGGUUCGAUGAUUUCAAAUUUUGAACAGCAGCAGCGAAACGAAAAGUCAGUGAACUAUAUUAUGGGGACUGAUAAUGCUGCUUCCGACAACUACUUAUCAUAUUCACACUUUUCACACGAUCCUCUUGCACAGGUAGGUGAUGUUUCAAGCAAAAAUCAGAGUUUGAAAAAGAAGUACUUAGACAGUCAAAUCCAAGUAAAUCGUUGUUUCUCACUUCCAUCAUCAUCCUUAACGUCUGAAACUCCAUCAAAUAUCGACAGUGGCAGCAAAACAAAACCAUGCCACGUUUUGCUAACUAAGCGGUUGAAUAGGGAUAAGCAAUUAUUUAGCUCCAGUGAUGAGGAGAACUGCCAAAUCAUGAAUCCAGUUCAAGUGAAUAUGAUAUGUGAAUCUAAAUAUACCAUCGCAGCGGAUUCUGAUUCAUUGUUUCUUGAUGGCAGCAAUUAUAAGAAGGGGACAGCAGAUACGAUGGCAAUAACAGCCCUACCGUUGGAUUGCUGGCUGAAGGAACGCCUGAAGAAAUGGGUGCAGCUCUCCGGACACGAAGGAACAAUAGUUCCUGCGACGAACAAAACGCUAUGGAAAAAACAAUCAUGCGGAAGUUAUAAUGAAAGUAAUGCAUAUCAUGCGUUAAUGAAUGAUCCCGCACUGCAAGAUUUCGUGCCUCGAUAUUAUAGAGAGGUCGAAUAUGAAAAUGAUCGUUUUAUUGAAAUCGAAGAUCUCACCGCUCUGUUCGAUGACCCGGCGGUAAUGGAUAUUAAGAUGGGAACCAGAACUUUUUUGGAGUCUGAAGUUAACAGUAAAAUCGUACGAAACGAUUUGUAUGAAAAAAUGGUUUCAUUGGAUCCUUACGAGCCUACAAAGGAGGAACAUGCUGCUAAAGCUAUAACGAAAACGCGUUAUAUGCAGUUUCGAGAAAAGGAAAGUUCCACUGCAACAAUGGGUUACAGGAUUGAGGCUGCUAAAAUGCCAGGUGGGAUUUUGCAAAACAGCUUUAAGAAGGUAAAAACGCAUGAAGAUAUCAGUGAGACAUUAUUGGAAUUUUUUGGUCAGCACACAUCGACAGCUGGCUUUCAUAUUUUACAACGCCUGAAAAGAUUGCGAGAAGCUAUUCAAAAAUCACUAUUUUUCCGAACUCAUGAAGUUAUUGGCAGUUCAUUGCUAUUAAUGUAUGAUGGAACAUAUUCUAACGUAUGGAUGAUUGAUUUUGCGAAAUCGAUUCCGGUGGAAAUAGACUCAGUUAACCAUAGACGAGAAUGGGUUUUUGGUAAUCAUGAAGAUGGAUAUUUUGUAGGACUUGACAAUCUUAUCGAGAUUAUGGAAGAAUUGGUUUUGUUAUGA